AUGCCUUAUGCGAAUCAACCUGUGAUCAAUAUCCUUGAACUUAGCGAUGAGUUAGUUCGCUUUUCUUUGGAGGAUACCGAUUUGAGUGUUGCGAAUUCACUACGACGGGUCUUCAUAGCUGAGGUUCCAACAAUAGCCAUCGAUUGGGUCCAGAUUGAGUCGAAUACCAGCGUACUUCACGACGAGUUUAUUGCACAUCGAAUGGGUUUGAUCCCGAUGGUUUCUGACAAUGUGGUUGAUGAGAUGCAGUACACGAGGGAGUGUCAGUGCACAGAAUUCUGUGAUGCCUGCUCAGUGCUCUUCGAACUCAAUGUCAAGUGUAAGGAAGAGGCCACUCGAUCGGUAACGACAGCUGAUCUUGUCUGUAAGACGGAGAAGUACAGUAGCUCGGUAAGUUCUUCUGUUCUAUUCACGGGCGCCUAG